AUGGGAAAUCUGGAUGGAUGGAAUGGAGAUUACUCUGUUCACCUACUUUCAGCAGGCUGGAAGUCUCCAGUUAUCAUUAGUAUUGGUAGAAAUAACUUAUGGCCUGGAGCGUAUCCUCAUGUUACUGCAGAUUGGGUGACCAGUGAAAUUUUUGAGGGAGACUACUUCGAUGACAAUUUGGAGUUUAGCUCGCUAGUGUGCCCAACUUUGGUUGAAGACUAG